UACAUUUCAGUUUAGGCCUCAAACAAACCUUGACGCUCUAUCAGCUAACGAGAGAAACAAACUCUAUAUGCUCAUCCGCUUCUCUUUUCUCCGUUCUCGUCUCCCUCCUUCCUCCCCCGCCAUGGCGUCCACUAUUUUACGCGCCGCCGCCACUACUCUCUCGCUUGAACGUUCCCCAACUACCUUCUACAUCCCUCGCUCUUCUUUCAAUCUAUCUCCCCCUCGCCGCUCGGGGCGUUUCGUUGUCUCUUCCACAUCGAGAUCUUCUCUCUUCUGUCGGAGAUUUCACGCUCUGUGCCGCGGAGAUGGAAGGAAGAGGCUUUUGAGGCCAAUGCGAUUCGUUUCGGCUUCGAAUAAGGACUAUCGGAAGAUGAGAGGACGGCCGGCGAAGAGUAAAGAGAAGCAGUUGGAUCUCAGUGUUAGUAUUUGCAUUGAAGAAGAGUUACCUGGUGAUCCUGAAAUUUCGAGCAUUGCGGAGUUACUUCGUCUUAAUGUGCCAAUGGCAAUGAAGCUAGCUUUUGAACGUAUAACAGAUUCGAAUUAUAAAACAAGAGAUAACUCCAUUCAAGAUUUAGGUGGGUUUGAGAGCGUAGAGUUGUCUGUACUACUUUGUAAUGAUGAGUUCAUUCGGAAACUAAAUAAGGAAUGGAGGGAUGAAGACCAUGCUACCGAUGUCCUUUCCAUGUCUGAACAUAUUCCUGAACUUAACCUUCCUGUUCUUAUGUUGGGUGACAUUGUUAUUUCUAUCGAGACUGCUGCAAGGCAGGCAGAAGAAAGAGGGAACACACUUAUUGACGAAAUACGCAUCCUAAUGGUUCAUGGAUUUCUGCAUCUGUUGGGUUUUGAUCAUGAAAUCAGUGAAGAUGCCGAGGAAGAAAUGGAGGAAGAGGAGGAAUUUGUUUUGAACAGUCUUGGAUGGAAAGGAAAAGGACUAAUACGGAGUGCAUAUGAUGCUGAAACUAAUGAAAACCUUCAUAUUGAGAAUUCAAACGAAAAAUUGACAAAGGACAAGAAGAAAGAAGGUAGUCUUCGUUUCUACAGACCAAAGUUCAAAUGCAUCUUCUGUGAUAUGGAUGGCACACUGCUGAACAGCAAAAGUCAAGUUUCAUUAACCAAUGCAAGAGCUUUGAAAGAGGCAGUAUCAAGAGGCGUAAAAAUUGUGAUAGCCACAGGAAAAGCGCGUCCUGCUGCAAUAAGUGUUCUGCAGAUGGUUAAUUUAUCUGGCAAAGAUGGCAUCAUCUCGGAGCACACUCCUGGGGUCUUCUUACAAGGAUUGCUGGUUUAUGGGAUAAAUGGUCGAGAAAUCUUUAAAAGGAAUUUAGAUCCAAAUGUUUGCAGAGAGGCUGGCCAUUACUCUUUGGAACACAAGGUUCCUCUCGUUGCAUUUUGCCAGGAUCGCUGUUUAACGCUAUUUAAUCACCCUCUUGUUGACACAUUUCAUACUGUAUAUCAUGAGCCAAAGGCAGAGAUUAUGCCUUCAGUUGAGCAUAUGGUGGCUGCUGCGGACAUACAGAAGCUGAUCUUUUUCGACACUGCUGAGGGAAUAGCAACUAAUCUGCGUCCAUACUGGUCAAAAGCUACAGGAGAUCAUGCUAAUGUUGUCCAAGCUGUACCUGACAUGCUUGAAAUCGUUCCCUUUGGGACUUCAAAGGGAAGUGGAGUGAAAUUGCUACUUGAUCAUUUGGGUGUCAGUUCAAAGGAGAUUAUGGCCAUUGGUGAUGGGGAAAACGACAUGGAAAUGCUUGAGUUAGCAUCUCUAGGAGUUGCUCUCAGCAAUGGAUCGGAGAAAACAAAAGCUGUGGCUGAUGUAAUUGGUAUUAGCAACGAUGAAGACGGUGUAGCCGAUGCUAUCUACCGGUAUGCCUUCUGAUGAUCCAACUUGACGCUUAAUAUAUACAACAAUAGCCUGCAAUUUAAGGCUCUUUCCCCCUUUCAAAUGGAACAAUUAGGUCGACCUUACAUAGCUGGGGAUGAAUUUAUCUUAUCUUCUUUGCUCAAUAAUUUAUUAUUAUUAUUUUCCAUUUU